UUUCUCUUCUUGUCGUUACAGGCCUAUGAAAAUCGUACAUUUUUCAAAAUGUCAGAAUCGCUACUUCGUUGGAGUGUGGAUCAGCUUAACAGUAAUUUUGGCUUGGAGGCCAGCGACGACAUAGUCCAGUACAUCCUGUCCAUUGAGACCGCGGAGGAGAUCGCCGAGUACGUGGGGGACCUGCUGCAGGGAACAGACGGUAGGAAGAAGGAGUUCAUAGAUGAGUUACUGCGGAGGUGGCGCCAGUUACAGGGAAAUGCGGCUGAUGGUGGAGGAUUCCUGCACAAGAAGAAGGUGCACGAUGAGCCUUCAGGUAUGGCCAAAGACUCACUGAAGAAGUCGAAGAGAAAAGGAAGAAACAAGCAGGAGGUGGUGAUGGUCACCGAGCAGCAGCCUGAGCCAGAGGAGGUGAAAACGCCCAUCGACCUGAUGAAGGCAAAGCAGGCACAGGAGAGCGGCAGCCUUUCCCAAGGGAGGAAGAAGACAAAGUUUGUGAACCUAUACGCCAAGGAGGGUGAAGAUGGGCUUGCCAUCCUGCUGCCUGGCCGGCAUCCCUGCGAGUGUCUGGCCCAGAAGCACCGACUGAUCAACAACUGCCUGAGCUGUGGGCGCAUUGUGUGCCAGCAGGAAGGCUCGGGCCCCUGCCUCUUCUGUGGCAGCUUGGUCUGCACCAAAGAGGAGCAGGAGGUUCUGCAGAGGGACUCGAACAAAAGCCAGAAGCUGCUGCGGAAACUCAUGGGCGAUCGCGGGCUGAUGGCCGAUGGGACAGAGAGGGAUUGUCUGUCCUCACAGGAAGCCAAGAUGAAGGCCGGGCUGGAGAAGGCUAUCCAGCACAAGGAGAAGCUGCUGGAGUUUGACAGGCACAGCGUGCGACGGACCCAGGUUCUCGACGACGAGGCCGACUACUUUUCCACGGACUCCAACCAGUGGCUGUCCCCGGGGGAGCGGGAGGCACUACGGAAGCGCGAGGAGGAGCUCCAGCAGCUCCGUCACGCCACCCGCAGAGACAGGAAGAUCACGCUGGACUUUGCUGGUCGCCAGGUGCUAGAGGAGGGGGAUGACCUUGGGCACUACUACACCAAGUUCGAUGAGGCCGUUCAGGCUAUAAAAAGCGGUGGUCUGACUCAGACCUCCAGGCAGGAACAGACCCAGCAUCCCCUGCGAGAUCUGGUGAACCCCAACAUCACGCAGACGCCUCCCGUGUGGGUGGAGGUGGGGGCUCGUGAGGCCCACAGGAAGCCAAUCGGAGAGGGUCAGGCCAAGGAGGAGUCACGAGCCAUGCUGAGGCUGCAGGACCCCGAGCUGAAGGAGAUGGCGGAUGAUGGUUGGUGCCUCUCCAUGCACCAGCCGUGGGCCUCGCUGCUCGCGAAGGGCAUCAAGAGGGUGGAGGGCCGGACGUGGUACACCCCCCACCGUGGGCGUCUUUGGAUUGCGGCGGCCGCCAAGAAACCGACCCCCCAGGAAAUCUCCCAGGUGGAGGCCCAGUACCGUCAGUUGUACGGAGCAGAUGUCCCGUUCCCCCAGGACUACCCCACCGGCUGCCUGCUAGGCUGUGUCAGCCUAGUGGACUGCCUGGCACAGGAGCAGUACAGAGAACAGUUCCCUGACACCUGUGAGGAGUCGGCAUCACCGUUCGUCUUCAUCUGCACCAGCCCCCAGGAGCUGCUGGUCAAAUUUCCCAUGAAAGGGAGGCACAAGAUCUGUGAGUCCCAACCACUCACUCACACAUACACGCACGCACACGUGGUUUUAAAAAGCAACGCUGUCUGCUCCAGUUUAAGCCGGUCAUGUCUGUGUGGUUAAAUCUAUCACCAGACAGGCAGAAACCAGUUAACUAGUGUCUCAUUUCCACCGAUGUGUUGCCAGUGCUGGGCUGGUUCUCACUUGGUGCCUUUUGAGAACCUGUUAUAGAAUUAUGGAUUUUCCUCAGCCUGCUGCUGAAUAUUGUAAUGAGUGUUUUACUGUCCAUCUCAAUCCAUGCUGACCCUCCCUGACCUUGAAGGGUCACUGGCAGUGUCACAGUGUGGCCCAGUGUUGCAGAGACAGGGUCAGCCUGCUCCAGCACAGUAAAGCAGCCCCACAUUCUGUCUUUUCUGAUGCCUCAAACGGGAACUAGGGAACGCCGAAUUGCUGAGCCCCCUACCCCACCUUGACCCCAUGGUCUCUGCGGUCAGAGCGUUUGUCAGCAGCUCUCCAGCAGAUGGCAGAGCUGGAACGUGAGGGGCAGGCGAUCGCCCUCGGUCACGGAUGGCUCAGCGGGUUGGGGCACUGUGCCUGUGAUCGGAAAGUUGGCACCAAAUCCCAGGGUCAGCAGUGAUUUCACUAUUGGACCCUUGAGCCCAAUUGCUCCAGGGUUUGUCUGACUCUGCUUUGUGAAAUGUGUGUCAUUUUGGAUUAAAGUGUCUUAAGUAACUAAAAAUAUAAAAUGUAAAAGAAAGUGCCAUGUUUCAGCAGCAGCUAAGCCUGUGUGUGUGUGUG